GAGGAGGUCGAGGUGCUGGGCUCCGAGGGGGCACUCGGAGGCGGCCCCGACGCCGCGGCGCUCUCGGCGGUGGCGCUUGCACGGAAGGAGCUGGAGCGGGACAAGAGCCAGCUCGAGGAGGCGAAGUUUGAGCUGGUCCAGGUGCUUUUCCAGUCCGUGGAGACUGCGCGGCUCGAGCAGCACGUUCAGGCUAGCAAGUGGUUCAACGCGAAGGCGCUUGCCCAGGCCAGAGAGGAGGUGGAGCGGAAGGAAGCUCUGCUCAAGCGCGUGCAAAAGGUGCUCGUCCGAUCUGGAAACUUCGCGAAGCCGGUCAAGGGGACGACCGUGGUAAUUCAGAGGAACAACUUCACGGUGCAGGUCUGCCCCGAGAUGGUCGACCGGGCCGUGGCCGUCGCGCAGGCUGACGACGACAACAGCCUCUAUUUGGUCGAGGGCUGCAAUUUCUGGCUCAGAAGGUUGGACUUCAGGCUGGAAGGAACCAGGCAGGACGGCGCGGACAACGUGAGCGUGAGCAGCGCGUCCAGCGAGUCUUCGGUCUCGGACAGCGAGUGUUCAGAUGAUGAGGAUGCCGCCUACACCCCGGUCGAUUCGGCUCUGCUGGGGUGUUGGGUGCUGGACCGAUGCGAGGGCGACAUGUCAGACGUCAUGGUAGACGCAGGCGUCGACUGGAUCACGCAGAGGACGGCGAAGUCUUUCAACUACGGCGUGGGAUUGGUGUCUCACACGCUGGAGCAGUCCGGAAAGAAGCUCACCAUCGAGAUGAAGGGCGGCUUGAAAACAUUGAGAACUAAGAUAGACAUGUCGUCAGCCGGUCCUUCUGAGACUCAGGCUGAGGACGGGUCGGAGAUCUUGGUGACUGGCAAGUGGGAUGGCAGCGCUCUGGUGAUAGCCGGGAAGGCGAAGGGCAGCGGCAAAGUCAUUCAGACAACGAAGCGGUAUUUAGAAGGCAACGAGCUAGUACAGGAGAUUUUCCCUGUAAGUUCCAAGUAUAGCCCAGCUAAGCGCAUAUUCAGGCUAAAAUGA